GAGAGUGCCACUAUUUAACUUGGGAAUCCGUACCGAGAAAAUACAGAAAGAAGGGUGGGGGAAAGCAGAGCCUGUAACUUUGUGUGUACGGUACCUUUUCCCAUUUUCCCACUCUCCCCACACAAACACUCGAAGAAGAUUUUUGAGCAGAAGCCAUUUCUAACACCCGUCCUUAUACAUUCAGUGCAUGCUAGAACAACCCAUCUUUUCUCUCUCUCACUCUUGCUUUCCAAGAAGAACUAGGCUCAUCUUUUGCUUGCAUUACAGAAUAAUGAACUGUUUGGUGUUUACACUUUCUUUAAACUUAUUUGUUGAAACUGAUUUUAGUGCUUAGUGAGCUGUGUGUGGGACCAGAAAUUGAUUUCCCAGGUGAGUUCUACCCGAGUUUCAGAGGUAAAGGUUCAGUCUUUUUCUCCGUCUUUCAGUAAUUUCCUUUUAUGAUUUAACAUUCAGUUGCUUGCUCUUUUUUCUUAAAAAAAGAAAGGAAAAAAAACACUAAUAUCUUUGAUUCUUCCUUUCUUCAUUCAUUGUUGUCUAUUGCUUUUUUAAGUGUGUUUCUACAAGCAAGAUCAUUUUUUUUUUUUUUAACAAUAACGUUUUACAAGAGAAACCUUCAUUAAGUAAUGGGUACUUUUUAUCUUUCCACCUAAUCAAUGACGCCUGAAAGCUUUCUGGGUUGGACCAAAAAGCCACCCAGUGGAACCAAUACGAGUUUAUUGGCUCCAAAUUGAUGGGUUAUUGACAUUUCAGUUUUUCUUUUGUUAAUAUUUACUGUUACCCAAAAACAGAGCUUUAGUAUGUUUAGUUUACAUUUUUUCUGGUGGGAUCUCUUUCAAGAUUAAUGUUGGCAUGUUCUGAGACAAUGUUUAUGUGAUGAAUUCGAAAUAGUCGUGUUAGCGGUAUAAAAUAAAAAAAUUGAUUGUUUAUCACUUAGCAUUAACUUUGAAGCGUUGGAAGAGUAAUGGAAUCAGAAGGUUGUGCUGCAGCCUCCUAUGGAACAUCAUCAACAUAUCAUUGAUAUAGAGGAUGAGAGUCCAAACAAUAGUACAGCAGUAGGACCGCCUGUUGUUGUCCUUAGUUCGGAUGAUGAAGACAAUGGAAGUAGGAGGCCACUUCAUAUCUAUCAGAAGCUUGUGUUGGAGCAUCCUCCAGACCAUGAUCAACAUGUCAUUAAUUUUGAAGAUGAAAAUCAAAACAAUAUUACAGCACGAGCACCGCCUGUCAUUGUCCUGAGUUCUGAUGAUGAAGACGAUGGAAGUGGGAGGCCAGUUCAUCUAAAUCAGAAGAUUGUAUUGGAGCCUGUUGGAAGAUUGCUAAAGAAAAGCAUGACAGAUUCUGUAGAGGGCAAACAUCAGAGUAGUGAGUUGGAAACUCUGCUUAGAGAUUUCGAUAUUUGGAUAGAUAAAGAUGUAAAUGCUGGUGCAGCAGACAAUAUGGAUUGUUUAGAGAGCAAAGAUGAGAGAGAAGAGUUGAAAACUGUGUCUGGAAAAGUUGAUAUUUGGAUAGAUAAAGAUAUAGACGUUGGUUUUGAAGACAAUAUGGAUUGUGUAGAGAGCAAAGAUCAGACAGAAAAGUUGGAAACUUCAUCCGAAAAAGUCGAUAUUGAGAUAGCUGAAGAUGCAGCAGAAAAUAUGGAUCAUGCAGAGGGCAAAGCUCAGACAGAAGAGUUGGAAACUCUAUCCCGUAAAAUUGAUACUGGGAUAGAUAAAGAGAUCAAUGUUGGUGCAGCAUACCUUAUGGUGAUUGGAAAAGGGAAUCAAAGAUCUUCUGAAAAAGAGGAAUGUAAUUGGAAAACUAAUUAUCAAGAGACUAACAGGGGGUGCAUAGCUCAAAGCACAGAGGUAGGAGUUCUGGCUGGUAACAUGGAUGUUGGGACAGAUAAGCCCGAUCAUGUUAUUGGAGAAUAUGAACAUGAUAAGGUGGUUGGGGAAGGUAAUCACGACACUUUCCAGAUUAAAGAACAGUAUCAGAAAAAUGAUAUUGACGAAGAUGAUCUAGCAGAAAUAUGGAAGGAGAUGGCAAUGGCAACAGAAUGUUCCAAGGAUAUUGCUGUUGAUCCUUCAGCUGAUGAAACAUCUGGUGUAUGUGGGGAAGAAUGUGAUCACUUUUUCAUCCAGAAGGAUGACCUUGGAUUAGUUUGUCGUAUCUGUGGAGUUGUUCAACAAGGAAUUGAAACUAUGUUUGAAUUCCUAUAUAGUAAGGCCAAAAGGACUAAACGAACUUUCAAGUAUGAGUCACGGAAUGCCAACACUACCGAGUCAACUCAGAGGUUCUCAGUUGGACUGAAGUCUACUAAGGAUUAUUUAAUAGCAACAGAAAUUUAUGCCCAUCCAAGGCAUAGAAAUCAAAUGAAACCACAUCAGGUGGAGGGCUUUAAUUUUCUUUCUAGCAACUUGCUGACAGAUAAUCCAGGCGGUUGCAUUUUGGCUCAUGCGCCCGGUUCUGGAAAGACUUUUCUGAUUAUAAGUUUUGUGCAGAGUUUCCUAGCUAGGUUCCCCCAUGCUAGACCACUGAUUGUUCUACCUAAAGGCAUUCUGGCUACAUGGAAGAAAGAGUUCAAGAUAUGGCAGGUGGAGGACAUUCCGUUGCAUGAUUUUUACACUUCCACAGCAGAUAACCGGUCUCAGCAGCUGGAUAUUUUAAAACAAUGGGUAGAGCAGAAGAGCAUCCUUUUUUUAGGGUAUCAACAGUUCUCUACUAUAAUGUGUGACAAUGGGACCAGCAGGACAUCGGUUGAUUGUCAAGAAAUUCUGCUGAAGGUCCCUCGCAUUCUUAUUUUAGAUGAGGGUCACACUCCAAGGAAUGAGGAUACAAAUAUGCUUCAGUCCCUUGCACGAGUCCAAACACCUCUAAAAGUUGUCCUCUCAGGAACCCUGUAUCAAAACCAUGUGAAAGAAGUUUUCAAUAUUUUAAAUCUUGUUCGUCCCAAGUUUCUGAAAUUGGAUACUUCCCGGGCUGUUGUUAAUCGGAUAAUGAGCAGAGUGCAGAUAUCAGGUGUGAGGAAACAAUCGAAAACUGGUACAAAUUUAGCCCUGUUUGACUUAAUAGAACACACUCUCCAGAAAGAUGAAGAUUUUAGAAGGAAAGUGGCUGUCAUACAAGAUCUUCGAGAAAUGACCAGGAAGGUCCUGCAUUAUUACAAAGGAGAUUCUCUGGACGAACUUCCGGGACUUGUGGAUUUCACCGUUGUACUUAAUCUUAGUUCAAGACAGAAACUUGAAGUGAAAAAGUUGAACAAAUUGGAUUACUUCAAGAAAGCUUCUGUGGGGAGUCUUGUGUAUAUGCAUCCAGAGUUGAAAUCUCUUACAGACAAAUAUUCGUCAACUGGAGGAAAAGGCUCUGAAAUUGAUAAUAAGGAGAUGGAUAAACUUAUAGAAAAUAUAAAUUUGAGAGAUGGAGUAAAAGCUAAGUUCUUUCUUAGUAUACUAGGCCUAUGUGAAUCAACUGGUGAGAAGCUGCUGGUUUUCAGCCAGUAUAUUACGCCCCUGAAACUUAUGGAGAGAUUAGCAGCGAAGGUAAAGGACUGGAGUCUAAACAAGGAAAUUUUCAUGAUCACAGGUGAUUCAAAUUCUAAGCAUAGGGAACAGUCCGUGGAACGCUUUAACAUUUCAGCUGAUGCUAAAAUCUUCCUUGGCUCCAUUAAAGCUUGUGGGGAAGGAAUCUCUCUAGUGGGGGCUUCUCGAAUCCUAAUUAUGGAUGUUCAACUUAACCCUUCAGUUACUCGCCAGGCAGUAGGCCGUGCAUUUCGACCAGGACAAAAGAAGAAAGUAUAUGUCUAUAGAUUGGUUGCUGCUGAUUCGCCUGAAGAGGAAGACCACUUUAUCUGCUGUAGGAAGGAAUUGAUUUCAAGAAUGUGGUUCGAGUGGAACGAGAGCUGUGGAGACCAAGAUUUGUAUAUGAAGACUGUUGAUGUCAAUGAAUGUGGUGAUAUGUUCUUGGAAAGUCGAUUGUUGCAGGAAGAUAUAAAAGUUCUGCAGAAAAGGUUUGUGCAUUCAUCAUAUUUUCAUUAAGCUUUCAGGAAGACAUAAAGAUUUGACUUUUUUUUCUUCUUUUUUUUUGCUCAGGUAAAACCAUCUAGGCAGGCCCAAGGCUUUGGGGAAAAUGUAAAUAAUCUCUCUUUUUGUCAUGACUACUAAGCUUUAUACUCAUCUUUUUAGACUUAGGUCAAGGAUACCAGUAGACUCUGUAGGCCAUUUUGAACAAUGCUGACGGUAGGUAAGCAACAGCUGUGCUUGGCUUCUCUUUCUUUUGUAAAUGAAUCUGCAGAAUGGGAAGUUGUAAAAAAUGCAUGUUGUUGAGUUAGAUAUUGUAGCUGAUCCAAAUGCUCGUUAGAGCUUGUUAGAAUUGCUGUGAUUUUCAGCCGAAAAAGAGAAAAAUA